AUCGGUACAGGCGUUGCUUGGCAACAUUUAUUUCUAAGUAGCAACUGUUUUGAAUUGACGCUCAGCAGGUGUAAUUAUUUUGUUUCAGAGGGCACACUCCUUUUCUCGCUUUUUUUUUUUUAUCUUUUCUUUUUGAUAAUGACUUGCUCUUUGCAUCAAGCUCAAUUAUCGCAUGAAAAUUUAUAUACUUACGCCAAACAAAAAAUGCUUGCGAAAUAUUGGAUUGAAACUAUCACAGGUCAACAGUUGCCUUCAAACGACUUUUCUUGCUUAAAAGACGGAGUUGCUCUUUUCGAAAUUGCUCGAAUAUUACUCAGCCAUAACAAAGACCCAUUGGACCUGAAUAUUGAGAAUGAUCCGAGAGCUAGAAUUGCUUUCUUUUUGCAAACAGUACAGAGUAAUAACCUUUGUUCAUUUUUGUCUAGUUUGGUCUACAACAAAACGAUCUGUUUAGUAUAAAUGACCUGAUUAAUGAAGAGAAUAUGAAUGCUUAUCAACUAUUUCGAUACUAGCAUAUUCGUGUAAAAUAUUCGCAGAGAAAUUAUCACCUAUCAUCAUUAUUCCA